GCGAAGGCGAGGGGAGGAGGCGCGGUGGGAGGAGGAGUAGAAGACAAAAGCCGAAAGCGAGGAGGGCGCCGACCGCACACUGCGGCCAGGAGAGGGACCGUCGGUGCUGUGAGCCACGGGCUCCCGGAGGCCGUAGUAGCGCACGGGGCAUCCGGGUAGACGGGCAGCAUGGGCAAGGGAGGUAACCAGGGAGAGGGGAGCACCGAGCGCCAGCCUCCGAUGCCUACCUUCCGCUGGGAGGAGAUUCAGAAGCACAACCUGCGCACCGACCGGUGGCUCGUCAUCGACCGCAAGGUCUACAAUGUUACCAAAUGGUCCCAGCGGCACCCGGGGGGCCACCGUGUCAUCGGACACUAUUCGGGAGAAGAUGCUACGGAUGCCUUCCGUGCCUUCCACUUGGACCUGGAUUUUGUGGGCAAGUUCUUGAAGCCCCUGCUGAUUGGUGAGCUGGCCCCAGAGGAGCCCAGCCUGGACCGUGGCAAAAGCUCUCAGAUCACCGAGGACUUCAGGGCCCUGAAGAAGACUGCUGAGGACAUGAAUCUUUUCAAAACCAACCACCUGUUCUUCUUUCUCCUCCUGUCCCACAUCGUCGUCAUGGAAAGCAUUGCCUGGUUCAUCCUCGCAUACUUCGGCAAUGGCUGGAUCCCCACCCUCAUCACAGCCUUUGUCCUUGCUACCUCUCAGGCCCAAGCUGGAUGGCUGCAACAUGAUUAUGGCCACCUUUCUGUCUAUAAGAAAUCCAUAUGGAACCACAUUGUCCACAAGUUUGUCAUUGGCCACUUAAAGGGUGCCUCCGCCAACUGGUGGAACCAUCGACAUUUCCAGCACCAUGCCAAGCCCAACAUCUUCCACAAGGACCCGGACAUAAAGAGCCUGCAUGUGUUUGUCCUUGGCGAGUGGCAGCCCCUUGAGUAUGGCAAGAAGAAGCUGAAAUACCUGCCCUACAACCACCAGCAUGAAUACUUCUUCCUGAUCGGACCGCCGCUGCUCAUCCCUAUGUACUUCCAGUACCAGAUCAUCAUGACAAUGAUCAGGCGCAGGGACUGGGUGGACUUGGCUUGGGCCAUCAGCUACUAUGUGCGUUUCUUCUACACCUACAUCCCUUUCUAUGGCAUCUUGGGAGCCCUGGUUUUCCUCAACUUUAUCAGGUUCCUGGAGAGCCACUGGUUUGUGUGGGUCACACAGAUGAACCACCUCGUCAUGGAGAUUGAUCUUGAUCACUACCGGGACUGGUUCAGCAGCCAGCUGGCAGCCACCUGCAAUGUGGAGCAGUCCUUCUUCAACGACUGGUUCAGCGGGCACCUCAAUUUCCAGAUUGAGCACCACCUCUUCCCCACUAUGCCUCGGCACAACUUGCACAAGAUUGCCCCACUGGUGAAGUCUCUCUGCGCCAAGCAUGGCAUUGAAUACCAGGAGAAGCCGCUGCUGAGGGCCCUGCUCGACAUUGUGAGUUCGCUGAAGAAGUCUGGGGAGCUGUGGCUGGAUGCCUACCUCCAUAAAUGAUGCGGCAGUCCUCGUGGCACCCUCGGGAAGGGGCACAGUUGGGUGACAGCCAGAGGGAGGGGAGGGCUUUUGUUCUGAAGGGUUCUCAUGAGACUGAAGUGUCUGCUGGCUCACAUUUCCCGUGCUUGGUCUUUCAUCCUUUCUUGUUCUUCUCUUCCCUCACCCUGACCUACUCUAUCCUCGUGGAGUUCCCCCUUUGUCAGCUCCAGCCCCAUCCCCUCUGCCUCCCAGGCCCUUCUCCCAAAGAGCCAGAGAGGUGGCUGUGCCAGGUGGCUACAUGUCUGCCUCUACCAUCUUCACCUAAAGAUUCCUGGUAAAAGGUUCUGCUCCUUGCAGCCUAGUCCCCACCCCCUACUGUCCCACAGACACUCUGGAGUUCUGUGGAGCAGGGGUCCAGGACUUGGCUCUACACUCCCUGCCAGCAUUAUGGUGUAGUCAUUUGGGUGAAGACAUACUUUGUUCUGAGUGUCCUUCCCAUGGCUGGGAUUGGUGCUUGAGGCCCAAGGAAAAGUUCUUCCAUGCUUGCCAUCACAGCUCCCGACUCUAGCGUUUGUACAGGUUCCAUUUUACCAUCUACCCAACUCCAGAAACCAAAGGGAGUGUUCCUUGUGUGGGCUCAGGAGAGGUAGUAGCCAGGUUAAAGGAGGGACUGACCAGCCUGGAGCCUUAAUCUCUCCCACUACAACCAGGUGCUUCUUAGUUGAAAGGCCUAAGAUUCUAGAGGGAUCAGAUCUUUCUCCAAAUCCUCUGGCCAGUUCCUGAUGGUUUAGAGUAUCCAGACCUUGCAGGAGAGCCCGAGCAGCUCUCCCCAGAACAGAGUCUGGCCAGUGCCUGGCUUCUCAUUGGCUCAUCCCUGUCUUUAUAGAUGUUUGUUUUAGCUGUUACGUUAACAUUUCCUACAGAAUGCUUGUGGAUAGGAGAGUAACAGAGGGCUGGCUGGGUCUUAGGACAAUCCAUCUUUACCAGAUGUCCCUUGCCAAGCUCCCAAGUCCCUUCAGGUAGAGGUAGGCAUCACCGUCAAGGCCACAGUGUAAGCUGUAGCUUGAGGCUGCUACUCUCGGGAGGGCAGGCAAAACAGGGUGGGUGGGGUGUCUCAGGAAGGGCCGUUGAGGGUACCCAGUGAGGUUCAGACAGGAGUGUAGAGGGAAGAGAAGGCUGAGGGCAUGAGGGAAGUGUGAGGGCAGGCGGGAGGGGGGACGUCGCCUGUAUCAGGAGGGAUCCAUGCUUUGUCAUUCUGAGACCUAACUGGACUAACCAAUAUGUAAACUGGAGGAAGAGGUUGGGCCUGCACUGGGUAAGCCCUCUAGGACUCCAUGAGCCAAGAGAGACCAGCUGGUGUUGCUCCACAGGGGCAGAGAACCUGUAAGGAGCUGGCAGUGAUUUGCAUCUCCUUGUUCCCCACCUCUACUUUUUUGGGAAAUAAAAAAAAAAAGUAAUUUUA